UUUCUUUUUCGUUUCUCGGAGUAUAUAAUGGUUGGAAUCUCUCACGAGGAAUAUCAGUAACUAAGUGGAAUUCAACCGGCGUAGAGACAGAAAGAUUCUUCGCAGAAGAUUUAGAAAAAGUCACGGAAGAGGAAAGAGAAUGAAGUUAUCGUUUUUGGCAUUAACGCUAUUCUCUCUCGCUCGCGGGGAUAUUUGGCCACAUCAGGAAAUAGAGGAUGUUACUGAAACUGUACAAAAUAUUUUACCCAAGCGUAUCGUGGAAACUUCGUCGAUUCGAUCGAAUUUUCCGAUUUUGUCGACGUCGAUACUUCCACCUUUAAAAAAAGAUCCUAUUCCCUGGACAGAUUUUUUAAGGAGCAACGAAGGACCUUCGAAAAAAUCUUCGUCGAUCGUAAUUCACCCUACGGAAACAACUCUCUCUGGUCAAAACGGAAUGAUCGAGCCGAUCGUUCUAAAUGCGAUUCCACAAGUCGGGACAACUUUUGCUUCGCCUUCUGGGAUAGUUUCUCUAGAGACAAGGACAACCGAGUACGAAUCGCUAAUCAGUCCAGUAACGAUAACGGGAGCUACCGAUGGAAAUGCAAAUAUCGUUGCGAUCGAAAGCAACGAUGAAAUUGCAUCAGACGAUACAUCGAAGAAACUAUUCCUAUGCGGAUCUCUCCGCAACGAGUUGAUCGUGAGCAGACCUGGAAGUGGCUCGGUGUUUAUCAAAGGUGCUUCGAGAGUUGCCAUAAUCGAUGACGCUCAAAAUUCCGUGAUCGUCUGUCCGCCGAGUACGAAUUUGAGCCCACCGCUGGAUCCGGAAGAAAGACCAGAAACGCAGGGAAUGGAUUUCGAUUGGAAAUCAUCAACCCUACGGCCAGGCGUUCUUUUUUCCGAAUCAUCUAAAAAUCGUGGGCCUAUCGAUCGACCCUCGACGAUCGUAUUAAAAGAUUAUCUAGUACCACCGUAUACCUAUUGGGAAAGAUAAAGAACUUGCAAACAUGUUUUGCAAGUUUCUAUUAGGAAAAAUAAUUCAAUCGAUCAAACGUUAAUAGACUCCUUAUCGUUUGCUAUCGUACGGCAAUAAAACCAACUCGUUAUUCCAUCAAUCGUUGAUUAAUAAUUUGUACGUCGACCUUUCCAUAAAGGAUUCGAUCGAACAUAAACGUUAAUCAACCAAUAAAAUGUAACUACUGACGUUCCAUCGGAUAAACGAUAUACCAAACGAGAAAUGGAAAGCAGCAAACAAGGACAACGAGAUCUAAAAUCCUAUUCAUUAGCAUCGUUGACCGUUACAGGGUUGAUAUCCAGCACUAAUUAUUAUCGAGAGUAUUGUUGGCUGCUACAUUUAGUGAUCGUACAGUUUCAUUAAGGAUCAAGAUUUUCGAUCGUAUUUCAUUUAGUUUAUCGACGUAGUUUUUCUUUUGUUUUCGACUCUACAACUUAAAUCAGGUUAAAAGCAGCAGAAACAAGGCUUGACAAUUAAGCUUGGAACUCAAUUAUCAGUGUUUCUCUUUCUCUUUCUCUUUCUCUUUCUCUUUCUCUUUCUCUUUCUCUUUCUCUUUCUCUCUCCCCUUCUCCUUCGAAGUAAACGGACUGUAUCGAGUUGGCUCACUCUUAGGACUCGUAUUUGCCGCGCAGUUUCACGAAUAUUUAUUCGUUUCAUGGUUGAGCUUCUUCCAACGAUUUUAAACGUGGUCUACCAUCGAGCCAAAACACUUUUGAACUUUGUUUCAAAGCGACGUAGAACCGAGGAGAGUAUCGAUGAGUUUUAUAUAAAAGGUGGUAAUGAAAUUAAUUUAAUACCAGAAUAUACACACCGAAAUUAUUUUUAUUCGUCGAGAAAUUACAAUACGAAUACUUAAACUGUAAGUAAAUUACAAGUUUGUAAUUAUUUUAAUAAUGUGUAAAAAGAAAAAA